UACCCAUCCGCAUCCUUUGUUCGGUACAACAGUAGAUCUUUCUCAACUGGUCCUUUGCAAUCAUGUGAAACGAUUUAUGAGAGUAAUCUAAAAUGUUGUUCUAUUUUAGACAGUAACGAAUUUGUAAUUCAAAUAAACGAUUUGAAAAUGACUGAAAAUGAUUAUAAAGCUCUUGGAAUUGUUGACCGUAAUCUGACAUGGAAUAAUUUCUUAACAGUGUUACGAACAUUGAUUACCAUUGAUCCGACUGAUCAAGAUGUGUUUGAUGCAUUUAUUAUUCUACGAACUGACCCAAACACUAAUAAAAUUGGUAUUGCAAAAAUUAAAGACUUAUUAUCUGUUGUUCGAAAAAAUACAGAUGAUGAUGAUGAUGAUGUUUAUAAGGAACCACGAUAUACACUGCGCCGUAGUUUCUAUUCUAUUAUCUCUUAUAGUGACUUCAAAAUAUUAUUACAACGUGGAAUAUUUCGUCAAAUUUUAUUUAGUCAUCGAUGUUCAUUUAAAACAUUAGAUAAUGCAAUUAAAGAACUUCCUGAUUAA